AUGGCGGCUUUUGAAGACAGAGCUGAUGAAAACGAUGAAAUUGCCUUCAAAGAUGGCGACACUGACAUCUCCCAACAGCUUAUGGACCGUUAUGCCAAAUCAUCCGCCGCGCAGCACCGUCAUCUCGUCGCCACCGCCGCCGCGAUGCGUUCCAUUCUCACAUCGGAAUCUCUUCCUCCAUCUCCUCCAGCUUUCUUCGCAGCUGCUAUAUCUUCGGUUGAUUCUUCGACGGCUGAUCCAACGGCGGUUUCUGCUUUGCUUACGUUCCUAUCCUUAGUCGUUCCUCUGGUUCCUUCCGGAGAAAUUUCAGCAACUAUGGCUCGUGAAGCUGUGGCUGUGCUUGUAAAACCAAUUGAUCAAGAAGGAGAUAAAUUAGGGGUUGCUAGUUUGAGAGCUGUUGUGAAAUGCAUUGGGACAUUGCUUAUUGGUUUCUGCGAUUUGGAUGAUUGGGAAUCUCUUCAAGUAGGGUUUGCUUCACUUCUCAAAUUCGCCAUUGAUAAACGUCCCAAGGUUAGAAGAUGUGCUCAAGAGUGUCUGGAGAAAUUAUUUGGUUCUCUCCGGAAAUCUAAUGUUAAAAAGGAAGCAAGUUACACAGUAUAUGGUUUACUUGAAGAAUAUAAGCCUGCACUAUCUGAAUUAAGCUCGAAAAAGAUUGAGGAAGGUUCUAAGGUUGACUCAACAUUGAAAUCUGAAAACGCAGAGGCUGCUCAUGUGUUAAAUGUGCUCAGUGCUACAAUUCCGUUUCUCUCUGUCAAAGUUAACUCUAGAGUUUUUUCAGAGCUUUGCAAGCUUAUGGCUCCUCGGUUUUCGCCUUUGACAAGGCAAAUCCUCAAAGCCAUUGACACUAUCUUUAAGAAUUCGGAAGAUACAAUUAUUGUUCCUGAGAUAGAAGGAGUCAUAACUUCCCUGACUGGCUAUUUAUCUUUCUACAAUGAGAAUCCUGCUGACACAAUUGUGCAUGUGAUCACUCUAUUAAAAAGUGCUUUGGAAAAAGUCUACUCGAUCGAACCGACCAUAUGUCGAAGUAAACUUCCACUAGUUUGUGGGUCAUUGGCAGGCCUUCUGACUUCCACUGACGACAUUGCAUCUCAAGCCUCAAUUGUAUUGAAAGACUUGAUCAAUAGCCACGUUGAUAUAAAUAAUCUCCUAAUGGAGGGAAGCUUAUCUUGUGAAGAUGAGGAUGACUUACCUGGUGGAGACAAUAUAAAUGCAGCAAGAUAUGUAUGCACUAUCUUGGAGAGUACCCUUAACUCAUGUGAUGGAAUUCCAAAGGAGCACAUUUUAACUGUAACAGCUCUCUUAAUCAAGAAACUUGGGGAGCUUUCAUAUAUUCUAACAAAGAAUAUCAUACUUAAGCUUGCCGACUUGAUGAAAAAUGAAAAAGGAGAUGCGUCUAGCUCUCAACAUGUUCAGCAAUGCAUUGGGUCUGCAGUAGUUGCCAUGGGGCCAGUCAGGCUACUAGCACUUCUUCCUAUUACCCUUCAUGCUGAGAGUCACUCGUGCACAAAUGCUUGGCUAAUUCCUAUCUUAAGAAGAUAUAUUGUUGGUGCAUCUCUUGAGUAUUAUAUCGACCACAUUAUUCCCCUUGCAAAAUCGUUGAUGCUUGCUUCAAAAGAAGCUAAAAAGUCAACACACGGUAAAGAGUUGCGGGCUUGUGGUCAUGAGCUUCUGAGGCUGUUACCUGCCUUUUGUAACUAUCCAGUUGAUGUGCCCCAAAAAUUUGGAUCUUUAGCCAAACUUAUGGUUAAAUUUAUUAAGAAAAAAUCGUUCAUGCAUGAAGCCGUGGCCCUUUCUCUACAGAUGCUUGUAAAUCAGAACAAAAGGAUGCCCAAGUCCAGUAUAGAAAUAGGCGAAGCAAAAGCCGAUAUAAGUGAAGAUGCUCAACCAGAGCUUGAAAGUGGAUUCCACUACUCAAAGAAAACUUCAACUAAAAACAUGAAGGCUUUGGCAUCAAGCUCAACACAACUGCUUCAAACUCUUGUCGAUGUAUUCACUGUUUCUGGCACAGAGAUCAGUGCAGACUUUAAGGCUGCAAUUGGAUGCUUAGCUUCUACUCUGCAUUCUUCAGUGAGGAAAAAGAUUUUAAUUUCCUUGCUAAAUAAGUUUGAUCCUGCUGGUGAAAGUGAGAUUGAGGGGCAGGUCAAUCAGUCUAAUGAAUCAGUUGAUGAAGAAAAAGAAAACAGCAGUGCUACGAAGACACAGUUAAAGAGGAGUGCUGUGUUGGAUCUUGCAUCUUCAUUUGUUGAAGGAGCCAAAGAAGAUCUUAUUGAAUUAAUCUAUAAUCUUGUUCGCCAAAGUUUUCAGGCAACCGAUGAGGCUGAUCUUCGUGGGGCAUAUGAUACUCUGAGCAGAGUUCUAGAGGAACAUGAUUGGUUUUGUUCAACUCAUUUUGCCGAGGUGAUAGAGAUGUUACUCAGCCAUAAAACUCCAGAGGAUAAAGCAUCGUCUAAAAGUCGUUUUGCGUGUUUCCACGUUUUAAUGGCUCAUGGAAUUCAGUCGAGCGCCGAGGAGGAGAAUGAGAAGGCUUUCCUUAUCCUGAAUGAGAUGAUUCUAACGCUUAAAGAUGGAAAAGAAGAACAUAGGAAAGCAGCUUGUGAUGCACUGGUUAUGGUGUAUACCACCUUACAAAAUUCAUCAUCUAUCACCGGUGAUGAACUUUGUCCCAAAUUGGUUAACAUGAUAUCUGGGUAUAUAUCUGGAACAUCGCCGCACAUAAGAAGUGGAGCAGUGUCUGCGUUAUCCGUUUUGAUAUACAAAGACCCUGAGAUCUGUCUUUCGUCACCAGAGCUUCUCUCCUCUGUUUUAUCCUUGCUGCAUACCAAAUCCAUUGAGAUCAUAAAGGCUGUUCUGGGUUUCGUGAAAGUUUUAGUCUCGACAUCACAAGCACAAGACUUGCAGAAUCUACUGAAGAACCUCUUAUGGGAAAUUCUCCCCUGGUCGUCUGUUUCAAGACAUUAUUUUAAAUCAAAGGUAACAAUCAUAGUCGAGAUAAUGAUAAGGAAGUGCGGUACACGCGCAGUUCAAUUAGCCACACCAGACAAGCACAAGACCUUCCUCCAGACAGUUUUAGAGAACCGCUCGGGGAAAUUUAAAGACAAAGAAGAGACCAAUGAUUCACAGACUACAUCCAUCGACCCAUCCAGAGUGCCACGUAAAAGAAAUCACAGAGAAGCUUCAUCAGAAACAAGAGGCAAACAAGACAGCAGCAUGGAACACAACAAAUUCAAACGUCAGAAGAGAAUACAUACACACACACCUGCUUCCGACAAUAAUGGAAGCAGAACAGGACCAAAGCGCCCCGGUACUAAUAGAAGCUUCGGGAAACAUAGGGAAGCUUCUGGAAAUAACCACAAGUCAGGAAAAGAGACACGGAAGCCACAGAAGUACAGAUUCAGGAAAGCACCAUGA